UUAAUUAUUCUAACCUGAGCUUUCACCGUUCUCUUGAGAUCACGCCUCCUUCUUCUCAAACUAUAGGUUUCAGCUCUCAAUAGCAUAAGAAUCCUUUUUUUCUUGGGGUCCUAGUUAGGCAGAUCAGCAUGGAAAGAGUAGAGUUACCACAACUUCACGAGCAUCCUUUGAUAGCUUUCAAUCGCUUUGCUUUUAGUGGGUGUCAGGUGUGCAGUCAUUUCUUUAGCGAUUUUGAUGUUAACGCAUAUGGAGGGUACUGUUGCAAUGAGCUGGGUUGCGACGAAGCUGUGUUCCACAAAGAGUGCGCCAAGCCCUUAAAAGAGAUCAACCACUCUUUCCAUCCCGACCACCCUCUCAAACUGAUCAUCCCUACUUUUCCCUUAAAAUAUUCUCAACCGCAUAUAUGUUUCUGUGGAAGAGUGUUUAAAGUUGGUUAUUUCUGUUCACUAUGUGAUUUCAAAUUGGAUUUGGAGUGUGCCAGGAGACCAGAGCCGCUUAUUCUUCUUAAAAAUUCAUACGGACACGGACACGAGCAUCCACUCAAACUCAUCUGUGACUGUGAGCCUUACUUUGGGAUUAGAUGGGAAUUCUGCAAAGUGUGUAUCAAGGGUUUAGACCCGGCAGAUCCGUAUUAUAGAUGUCAAGAGUGCAAAGAAUAUUCCUUCCAUGUGGAUUGUGUAGACUUUUUUCCAGAAGCAUACCACACUUCCCAUCCCCAACACCCACUCAAGUCACUUAGAGGUCAAGUCCCUGAUUAUGCAGACAAGAAGUGCCUUCUUUGCGAGGAGGAGUUCGAUCAACUACAUCACCAAUUUCACCAUUGUGAUGUUUGUAACUUCAGCAUAUGCAGAGAAUGUAUAAGACACCCACCACCCGUUAACAUCCAAUGCCUGAAGACACAUGAACAUCAACUUCAUGUUGUUCCAAGACUUAUUGACUUCACUUGCAACGCUUGUGGGAUGCAAGGUAAUCGAAGCCCAUACUUCUGUCUUCAGUGCAACUUCAUGAUCCACCGGGAGUGUAUUGAUCUCCCACGUGUCAUAAACAUCAAUCGCCAUGAUCACCGUGUAUCGUACACUCCUCGCCUUGGACAUGGAGAGUGGAAAUGCAAAGUUUGUCGUAAAAUAGUUGAUGGGUUCUACGGGGCUUAUUCUUGCUCCAAAUGUCCUACUUUUGCUGUCCAUGCAAGAUGUGCAACGAGAACAGGUGUGUGGGACAUGGUAGAACGAGAAGGGACACCAGAAGAAGAAGAGGAAAUUGCGCCUUACGAGGUGAUUGAUGAUAACACAAUAAGACAUUUCAGCCAUGAUCAUAACUUGCAACUCAACAAGGAUGGGAUGAUUCUAUCUGAAAACACAGUAUGCAAGGCAUGUGUCUUCGAGAUUAGUUCAGAACCGUUCUACAUUUGCAAGCAUCAGCAAUGCGAUUUCAUUCUUCACGAAAAAUGUGCAAAUCUUCCACGGAAAAAACGCCAUGUGUGCAACAACCUGCCAUUCACGCUUCACACAGAUUCUCACUUCACAUUUCUGUGUGCGCUUUGUGAUCAGUACUCAACAGGUUCCAGGUACGAAUCUCAACCUCAUGUGAUUAUACUUCGAUUUCAGAUUCACUUGAUCAUGAAAGCCAUCCACAUUCUUUAUACUACUACUGUACAUGCAACACGAAGGGUUGUAGACUAUGUGAGAACACGAAGGGUUGUAGACUAUGUGAGAACGAGGGAAACUAUUUAUUUAGCUGUGAUGAGUGUGACUAUACAUUGAAUGGUAAAUGUGCUCUUUUGCCGAAAAAGGUAAUGAAAAAGAGAUACGAUGAUCAUCCUCUAUUCUUGUCAUAUGGAGACAUGAAUGUGGAUGAAAAAUAUUGGUGUGAGGCAUGUGAAAAAAA